AUGGAUGAAGACGCUAUUACUCCCUCUCAAGGGGUUGAUAAGUCAGUAUCUGAUAUUUUAUCGACGUAUUAUAGCAUAAAUGAAAAACACGAUUUAGGAAAUGGAAAAUCCGAUACUACCGUUUCUAACGAUAUUUUUGCGAACACAGAGAUUGAUUUUAGUUCCUCUAACUUUGAUGUGGAGCUACACCUGGAUGAUAUUCUCAAAGUUUCCGGCAUUUCCGACACCUUGGCUCUACUCAGAAAGCUUGAGAGAGAAAUCAGACAACUUACCGCUGGGAAACAAAUAUUGAUAUAUGACAACUAUGAGUGCCUCUUUUCAGCUCUUGAUACAUUACACUUUAUCAACACUGAGCUGUCUACAGUUCAGAGGCACUUAUCAAAUCUUAGGUCUUCGGAGAUAAAGGCCGCCUCAAAAGACAUAACGUCUCGCCAUGGAAUAAGGGAUAAACUCAUUGCCAUGUCCCAUUUUUCUGGGAUCAUAAAUAUAUUUUCUUCAUUGGCGUCAAUCAAUAAAUUUUUUGUGACUUCUCUAUCACAAAUUCUGGGUCCUGGAUUAGAAGAUGGGACACAUAACCCAUCUCCAAAAGAAAUAUUGUCUGUAUGCUCAAAGUUGUAUGGUAUAUUUUGUGGGAUUAAGGGUGAAAAAUGUUCCGAACUUUUGAUUACCUUUUACUAUGAUACUUUAAAACGCCUAGUAAGUAUAAAUACUAGAAAAAUAAUUGAGGAUAUAAAUGCGAAUUACACUAUAAGUUCGCUGUGCGAAUUAUGUUGUAUAUUUGAUGAUUUAAAACUGGACAAAUGGCAGAUUCUCCAUUUUUACUACAAAACACUAUCUUCCAAAAUACAUCGUUCUGUUAACAAUCUAAAUUCACGUCAUGAGGCUGGAGAUAUAUCUAACAAUGAUCUUUUUUCUGAACUUUAUUUCAUUUUAAACGAUAUUUAUUCGGCAAUCUCCUCUUCUGAUGCCUCAGGGUUGGAACAUAGACUGAAGGAUUGUACAAAAAAUGGAGGUUUGUGUCUAUUUUGUUCUAGCGAAUUUGAUAUAAAGUUUUUAGAAUCAGAAAAUGAUUCAAUAUAUUCAUACUAUUUUUUGGAAUCAAAUACUAAUUGUGAAUGUUUAACUGAUGGGAUUAAGGUCCAAUUUAUACUUUAUCAUCCACAAAAGGUCUUUUUCCUCCUUCUACCAUUGAUUUUGGGAAAUAGUUUACUCAAUACGGAUGAUAUUAUAUCUGGACUGACAUUUCUGAUAGAGAAAAUAGGUCAUGUGGAAACUAAAAAUGAGAUCGCUUCAUUGUAUGUUGAUGUUUGUCACAAGUGGAUCUUAUUUGCAUCCUUUUUGUAUCUUCAGAAGCUGUUUUUCACACUUUACAGUGGGAUAAUUGAUAAAAUAUUUGAAUUUAUAACUGUACCAUCAACAAAAUAUAUAGACACACUUGUUCAUGAAGAUCUGCAAAAACUAUUAGUGGAAGACAUCUCCCAUCUCUUUGAAUUUGUCAAAGAUUUACAACUUUCUCUUGGUAUACAUAUAGUGACAGAGUUUUACUCCUUCCUUGUGGUAUAUAUAUUAAAUAUUAAGAAGAUAUUUACAAUUUUUCUCGAGGAAUUGUUAUCCGUAAAACCAGAAGAAAAACACACACACUCACUCACUUCUUUACUCACAAUGCGUGAAUAUGCGGCUGAUUGCAAACCUUCAUUUAUUCGUGAAAUAUGUUUUGGUCAAAAGAGUAACAAUAUGGAAGAUUCACUCGAUUCACAGUUGUAUAUUGACCAUUAUAUUCGCAAGGAAAUCGCGGAAAAAGUAGAAGCUAUCGCAGAUGGUAGAAAGGCUCUUUUGAUUCGUUUGAUUUUAUGUAUUGGAAGUAUUGAAAAGUUAUUUGAGGGCAUCCCGAAUUUAUUACGAGCACACUUCCCUGGAGCAAUACAUACAUACAAUACACUUGAAUUAACCCUGGAAUGUAAAAUGGAUAUUAGUACAUCUGAAACAAUCAUAAAUUAUAAGAGAUUUGUACUCUAUAAAACGAAAAGCACCGACAACAAUACUCCAUUAACGCAUUUACUCCCAGAUGAUAACAUACCAUUUGUACACAUGAUUUAUAUCGCAUUAAAAGAGACAGAAAUGUUCCCAUUGAAAUAUUUUACAACAGAUGAUGAUGCGAGAGAGAUAAAACCGUUUAUUCUUGAAAAUGUAAAUACUUCUCACUUGGCAAAUAAAAUAAUAUCGGAGGUAAUGUCUCAAUAUUUGAACAGAGCAUAUAGCAUUAUAAAGUAUUCGCUAGAUAAAUUAGAAAAUGGGCAUGAAGUUACUGGUACGUCUGUUAAGGAUUUCACAGUUUUGCUCUCGGAGAUGUUGGAAGAUCUCAACUCUAUAACUCAUACAUCCAGUGUUGAGCUGGCAUCAGUUAAUGUUGAGUUUGACAAUCUCCUCAAUUUCUGCAAUACGAAUAAAGACGUUUUGAAUCUCAUGGGUGCUUACACCUUUAACCUAUCCAAAGAUAUGUCUCUCAAACUUUUUACUCUACACAUUGCUCAGUGCUUCAAUCAAUACAGAUCUCUCUACAUUGUUGAGAAUGACCUAUUUCAUAAGCUUAUGAAUGGAAUGAAACAACAGCUUCUUAUAGUUUUUAAAAAGACCCUCGAUGUCAUUAUAAUGCAAUCCUUGUGGGACAAGAUUCUAGAUUCUAAUGCACACAAUAGCACAUAA